AUGAAGCAUGAUGGUAAAUCGGCAUCGGAAAUUCUGGAGCGAAUCAUCGGUUAUAUGGAUAAUUUAUCUAGCGAUUCCAAAUGCCACGCAGUUGAUGCGUUACACGAGGGAUGCCGUGAACUUCUGAAGUACGUCCUCGGUGAUGAAGCAUACGCUGAAGUGAAGAAGUUAAAAGAGUCAGGUCUAGCCAUUGAAGAACUGAAAAACAAAGUUGAUGCCAUGCUGAAGGAUGUGAAAGAUGAGCGAAAAAAGGGAAAGAUUGAGCACUACGGGCCCGGAUGUAGAAAAGUGGUUACUAUGGCGCUUCAGCACGAGGGCCAUAAUCAUCAUGAUGUACCCAGUCUGAAACAUUGCCUGGAAACACACCUGAAAUGGUUGUCCAGCUCACAAAAAGCUGAACUGAUAAACAUGAAGAGUGGGGGAAAAUCAAAUGUUCAGCUUAUUGAAAAAGUUAUGCAUUAUUAUGAGAAAGAGGAAGGUGAUGAGAAAGACCAAGCGACGGAAAUGUUAAUGGAAGGCUGUCGCGAACUGUUUAUUGAGAUUGUUGGUAAUGAGAAAUACAUAGAACUUAGAAAUUUAAAGGAUUUUGGGGCUAAGCUGGAAGAACUGAAGGAAAAAGUGCUUGUGAUGGUUGGAGAAGGAAAAGAUGGGGAAAAAAAGAAGCAAUUCGAGGAGGUUAAGUCGCUUUGCUUUGUAGCUGCUGAAAAUUGGCAUAAAAAGCACCAUGGUGAAUUAUCGAGACGUGUGCUGGAAGACUACUUAAAAACGGACUUAAGCUGGCUUACGGAAGAGCAAAAAAAUGAAAUGAGAAAAAUGAAAAAGGAAGGCAAGUCGCUCAGCGAUCGUGAGCACAAAGUUCUGGAAUACCUUGGGAAGCUGCACGGCGAGAAGAAGCAUCGCGCUGUUGAACAGAUUCUUGGUGGCUGCCAGUUACUGCUGAAAAACGUGGUUGGAGAGCAAAAAGCAGCGGAAUUGAAGAAGAUGAGAGAUUCUGGAGCAACCGUCGAAGAACUAUUUAAAAAAAUAGACGCUGAUUUUGGGGAAGUGACCGACAAUCAUAAAAAGGAGAAAAUCAAGGAAUUUGGCGCUCCUUGUCGGAAAGCAUUCGAAUUAGCACAGGAACAAAAAAAUCAUGGAAUUCGCAGCUUGGAAUAUUACUUUGAACAUCAGCUCAAAUGGCUAACGGAGGAGGAGAAAAAAGAACUUAAACACUUGGAAGAAGAGAGGAAAACGUGGACAGAAAUGCAGGAUAAGGUUUUGCAAUACUACCGCAGUGCUACCGGAUCGGUCAAAAAAGAAGCAACCGAACUGCUGGGGCGAAGUUGCAACGACUUUUUAGCACGUACAUUCGGUGAGGAAAAAGCGAAAGAAUUGCAAGAAAUGAAGGAAUCGGGAAAAAAAUUUGGAGAAAUUGAUAAAAAACUAAACCAAACUUUCGAAGGAGUCGAAGACAUGCAGCAGAAAGAGGAAUUUAAAUUGUAUCAGCGUGGAUGUAGGGAAAUUUACAAAUACGGUUUUCAACACAGCAACGAGACAACUGGUGGUACACGCUUCAAGCGUAAUAUGCUUAGACAAGUAGCAGAAGCAGUAACUCGACAGAUGCGCUCCCAUUAUGAAAAUCCCCUGGACAGUUACUUUACAAGACGCUUAAAACGGCUUGUACCAAUGCAGCAGGAGGAACAACGAAAAAUAAAAGAUGCAGGUGAGAGUACUUUCUGA